GAAAAGGUGUACAAAAGCGGUACCGCCAUAUUGGAGGACGCCAUGACAUAACCUCAUAAAAUGGCAGAUCCAACAAAGAAAAGCCCGGAUCCUCCCGGGAAAAAGUAUGAGAUAUGUGAAUAUAACCACACCGACAAUGCCCCAUAUCGGAUUAUUGCCGAACUCGAAGAUGACCAAGGAACCUGCAAAAUUAAGAAACUGACGCUAGGAAAGAUACUUUCCGCAACAGCACAAUACAAAAACAAUGUCACCAACAUGAGACCCCUGGGACAAAAGAAAGUGUUGAUUUUUGUUAAGAAUUUUGAAGUGGCCAACAGAAUGCAGAAAGACGAGAAGUUGAAGGAACAAAACUACAAGCUGUAUGUUCCCAGAAGCUUCAUUUCAGUCACUGGAGUUGUGGCUGGAGUGCCUACCGAUAUGACCGUAAAGGAAAUCAAGGAAAACAUGCAAUGUCUAGUUCCAAUCUUGGAUGUCAAUCGGCUUCACCGCUUCGUCGACAAUGUAAAGACUGCUAGCAACAGGAUCAGUGUUACUUUCAGAACAAGUAAGCUGCCAGAGGAGGUCAAGCUUUACUGCUGCCUUAACAAGGUGAUGGCGUUCAUUAACAAACCGGUUAUCUGUCACAACUGUCUCCGAUACGGACACAAGACAGACUCUUGCCGAUCGAAAAAGCGAUGCACGGUGUGUGCACUUCAACAUGAAGGAAUGGACAGUGGAGACUGUCCAAACCCAAAGAAGUGUAUGUACUGCAAGAAGGCACACAGAACAACGGACAGUGAAUGUUCAGAAUGGUCAAGGCAAAGGAACAUCAAAACCAUCAUGUCCAAGACGAACUUGACAUACAUGGAGGCGCGGGAACUCAAUCCAGUGUUGACCCAAAAUCGAUACGAAAUACUCGAAAACGUGGAAGAAUUCCCGACACCCGCAGACAGUUUCGCUGAUAUGGUUGCAGGCAACUUCAAGACUAAGAAUCCACAUCAGUAUCGAAAGGAGAGGAACAAGCGAACACUACAACAGGAGGAUGUCAACAUCGCGGAUAAAGUUCAAGUAUUUGCUGACAAGAAGAAGAAGACGGAUCAGGAAGGAGAGAGAAAUGGCGUAGCUCUAUUUAACAAGUAUCGGGUGACGGACUUCGACCGCUGGGCUCAGAAAUUCGAACAACUUCGUCAACAGAACAUAACUCAACAGCUCGGUGCAACCGGAAUGGACGUAGCAGAAUCAAAUAAUAAAACAAUCAACAAGUGUAACAUGCCCAGCAGCUCCCAAACAGGAAAGCUGAUGGGUUGGCCGGACUUCAUACACGAAACGGAUAAUGUGAAACCGUGA